AUGGCCGUUGUGAAAUUUUCCUGUUUCCUUCAUCCGCUUCUCUCUCUUCACUUGCUUUCUAAGCUUCGUACUCUUGAAGCCAAUGGAAUAAGCUCCAGCACCACCAAUUGCCCUGUCAAGGAAAGACAAGCCCUGUUGAGAUUCAAAGCUGGUCUCAAAGACCCUUCAAACCAGCUCUCUUCCUGGACCGGCCAAGAUUGCUGUGAAUGGGAUGGCGUUAGCUGCGACAACUGCACAGGCCGUGUCGUGAAGCUGGAUCUCAGAAGCCCUAACAUAUGUGACAUGGAUGAUGAUGCUAAAUCUGUACUAGAAGGUUACAAGCCAAUGUGUCUGAGCGGCCAAGAAACACGCGAGCUUGAAGUGGGCUUGUCCGGAUGCAUGAACAGCAGCUUAGAGGAGCUAGAUUUGAGUGCCAACAAUUUCAACGGAUCUGUCCCCGCAAAUAUCGACCGCCACACGUCAGCCUUGAAGUACCUAGAUGUGUCGAACAACUCACUCACUGGGAACCUACCUUGUUCAGCAAGCGGGAUAAAGAAUCUAGUUUAUAUUGAUUUAUCGAACAAUGCUCUCUCUGGAGAUAUUUAUGCUGGGUGGGACUGUUAUGCCAAAACUGAAGAUCUUGGAUCUUUCAGAGAAAUUGUUCUCUGGUAG